GUUCUUUCAUGUACAUGGACAAAGUAAUACAAAUAAAUACAUACUUGAAGUUCAAUGCUAGGUCGUCAAGUAUCGAUCAUUGGUCGAAUGUAGAUCGAUUUAGAAAAGGAAAAAGGCAACUUAGCGAGAACAUUUUGAAAGCUGUUGUGGUGCCAUCGUGUUUGUGACAAGUGCUUGUGUGUUGUUUUCUGUGCUGUGUUUACACUUUGGUGGUGGUAGCGGAAUUUGAAACUUCCUAUCUUAGUCAUUAGGUUUCACUGAUAAGGCAAGAGGUGUAUAUACAGAUAUGCCUAAGAUAUCUUCAGGAAGCAGUUCUGACGAAGACACAGAAAAUGAUUCUGACACAGAAAAUUCAGGAGACGGAAAUGGAUCAAAGAGGGGGAAAAGCGCGAUCACACUUCGGCUAUCUCUAACAGAAGAGGAAGUAAAAUACCGCAAAAAGAAUUUUGACAGUAUAGAAGAACUUUUGAGCAAACAAGUAAGAUGUACCUCUUGUGCAAAGGAACUGCGUAGCCGCGUUGUGAAUGGCAGUGAAGUUCUGUCACAUCCAGUGUUGGACGUUCUCUUGUGCAAAGACUGUUACAGAUUUUAUGGAAAUGGUGAUUUUUCCGUUGAUGAUGAUGGUACUGACAAAUACUGUCGUUGGUGUGGCCAGGGUGGUACUCUCUAUUGUUGUGCUGAAUGCACUUGUGCCUUUUGCAAGGCAUGUAUCAAGCGCAAUUUGAAGCGAUCGAUUCUUAAGGAUAUAGAAUCAGAGGACUGGAAGUGUUUUGUUUGUUAUGGAAAGCCUUUGUGGGAUCUCAGAGCAAUUUGUUGGGCAUCAAAGAAAUAUUCAGAACAAGUACGUAGGGAGCAGAGACUGAAAAAUCAGAGAGCUUUAGAGAAAUUGAAGGAAAGGCGGAUGAAUCAUGUACCAAGAAGGAAAACUUCAAUGCGUCCUCAUAAUAUGAGAACUAAAACAGAUGCAACAGAAGUUAUAGACAUUGAUUCAGGAUCAGAUGACAGUACCACAGCAUCCAGCAAGUUACUGUGUUCUUCUGAAAACAAAAAAACUGGUACCAAAUCUGACAAUGAAGGUGAGGAUAUAUGUGAAACAGACAACCAUGAAUACAAAGGAAAACAUAAGACACCUGACAAAACGGAUUGCAAACAUAACGUAAAAGUGGGAAGAGGGAGAAGAUCUUCGGAUGAGGACAAUGACAUUUCCCAAGAAUCUUAUGCCUUAGAAAGAGAAAACACAAGAGAAAUCUGUAGAUUGCUUGCUGAACAGCUGAAAGACUUUGUAAGCACUGGGGAAAUAAUAUCGGAUCAGGCAAAGAAAAUACUCAAGAGAAAAGUAAAUAAGAAAAAUUUUAAAGAACUGUUAGAUGUAGAUAAAACUGUAGAAAAAAUACAACUGCUUGCAGAACUUUCAGUCAAAAAUCUUGAGAAAGCUAAAACUAAUACAAGAACUUUGUACAGCCAGUGGAGGAAGGACUUGGCAAUGAAAAACAGAAACAAGCAUGCUCAGGAUAAUACAAGAAAAUUUCAUGUAAAUGCUGACUGCCGGAUAUUGGCCGAUAAACCUUCAGCUUGCUCUAAAACUACACUUUCAGAAAAGGAAAUUGGCAGUCCAAAACCUGUCCACAGCGACCAUGAAGGAUCUGAUAGAGAACAGUGCUCUCCGUUGAUGCCCAACAUGUUGCUAGGUACAAGCACACCUUGCAAAGAAGGUAAAAUGGAAGUAGAAGAAGACCAAAACAACACUGUAGUACAUAAUACAUAUUCUCAGUCAGAUGAAACAGCAUUAAAAACUGUAAAUGAUUCUGUCUUGCAAUCAAAUGACAACAAAAUAUCACCACAGAAAUCAGACUGUGGUGAACAGAAAAGUAAAUAUGAGGAUGAGAGUGCUAUUACAGUUGAAAAUGAACGUGGAAACCUCUUUGAGAAAAAUUCAGGUGCCAUUUCACAAAUGUCUACUGAAAUACUCGAUUUAGAGGCCGUCACAAAUGCUCGUCAGAAAGACAAUAUGGAUUGCUGUGUGCAUUCCGAUGCGUCAACUGAAAUGCUUGAUUUGGAGGCUGAUACGAAACUCCAUGAAGACAGUACUAUAGAUAAUUGCCAGCCUGAUUUGUUUGAUGUAGAAUUGCAAACUACGGAGAAGACCAGUAAUGGUAAAAUUGACACUCUGGGUUAUGACGUCCAGGAACAGUUAAGCACCGAGUUGAUUGACCUAAUGGAAAGCAUCCUUGUUAAGGUAGAGGAAAACAUCAGUCGCCCUGAUAUAUGUGUGAACGCUGAUGGCAAGCUGCAGAGUAGUCCUCUGCGUGAUCCUCAUGUAGAUGCUGUAGAAUCAGACAAAGAAAAUAAGUUUUCAAAUAUUGCAUUAAAAUCAAAAGAAAAGUUACUAGAGGUUAGUUCUGAAGACAACUCAGAAAGUGAUAGCACGAACCUUUCUGAUGAAGAAGCACAAAGGAAAAAAAGAAAGAAGCGCAAAAGAUUAUCAUUGAGGAAUCAUCCUAGUAAUUUAAAAGUGCCUGCAGAUAAAAAUACAUUGAAGAAAAAGAAACAUGGUCUUCGAGGUCUUCCAUCUUGCAGUGAUAGUGACUCAGAGAGUUCUUUGAAUAGUGCAGAGAUUAAUAAAUAUGGUCAGCAAGAAAAGUUUGAUAUGAAAUACUUAGCUCAGUUUAAUGAUGAAAAACUGAGAAAUGGCUGUUACGUAAAACUUGAAAGGCUGGCCUCUUUUUCAAAUGUUGAGAACAACUGUGAUAUGGACAAUGGGCCAGAUAUAGAAAAAAGUAAUAAAAGCAGGAACAUUAUUAGCGGAAGUGAUGCAGAAUCUAUGGAUGAUAAUGAAGAGGAACGUGAAAUACGAAGACUGCUUUCCUUGAAGUCCAUAAAAAAGAAAUCAUUAAAUUUCAAAUCCGACUCAAGUGAUGCUGACAGUGAUGGUUCUAGAGGCAGUAGUAAUAAAAAGGUAAAGAAUACCAAAAGUGACAAAAAGCCCGAUGAAGAGCAGACUGAAUCACUAUUAAGUGUACACAAGAAAGUCGUGGAUGGUGAUACGAGUACUGAUUCUGAUACUACUGGAGAAGACUAUUGCCCAGUUUCUGAGGGACAGCCAGUGAAACCUGGAAAACAAGAUGAUAAAGUUCAUGCGAAUCAUGAUGAAAUUGCCAAACAGUUGUUAUUGCACGACUCCAGUGAUUCAGAUUCAUCUGUUUCCUUACACCAACAGUGUCCAAGCCCCAAAUCUGUUGACAAGAAAAAGGAAGUUGUGGAAGAAAGCAUUCCUAAGGAAUGUGUGAAAACUGAAGAAAAUGAUGGACAACAAGAUGAAACAAGUAUGGAAGAAAACAUAAAGGAAAAAAAUUCUCCAGAACCAGUGAAAAAGGACCAUCAGGAUGAUGAAAAAGAAAUACCAGUAGAAGAAGAAGAAAGUGGAGGAGGAGGAGGAGGAGGAGGAGGAGGAGGAGGAGGAGGAGGGAAACAUAAAAAGGAAGGUUGUGAAGGGGGAGAACUAUCAGUGAAAACUGAGGAAGAUAAAUGUGAAAACCAGAACAAAGAAAACAGGCCUGAAAAUGAGGAGGAGUCUGAUAAUACAGCAGAAGAAGUUGAAGCAAAAAUGCACUCCAAAGCAGAGGAGGAACUUAAUAAAAGUACAGACUGUAAAGAGAGCAAAGAAGAAGAUAAAAAAUCUACUGAAGAAACGAAGGAAAAUAAACCAAAGAGCACGUGGCGAAAUGACAAAUUGUUGAGAGCAAAACUUUCAGAAACUGAUACCAGUGAUGAAGAAAGGAAGUGGAAUGCAAGAAAAAAGAAGAAAGAGGCAGAUGACUCAUCUGACAGCCCAUCUGGCGCAACUCCGUUGAUCCAAAGGAAGAAGAAACGAAAGCGUAUUGUGGACUCAGAUUCUUGUUCAGAUAUCAAAUCGGGCAGUGAGAGCAGCGAUUUGGAAGCUCUGUUUGGUACUAAAAGGAAACGCAAACACAAGUCAGAAUCCAGUGACAUAGACAGUAGUAGCAGCUCCCCUUCAAGCAUUGAACUGAAGAAGAAGCCAAAGCGCAGAAGAGUAGUAGUAGCAUCAACUGGCAGUUCAGGAAGUGAUACUGAUGAUUUAAAUAGUACACAGAAGUCAGAAGGGACACCAGGGAAAGGACGCAAAAAUAUCAGGCGUGUAUUGAAGGAUGAAAAUGUAGCAGAAGCCACCAAACGGGCAGCACGGGAAGAAGAAGAGCGAAAAAAGAGAAUAGCUGAGAAGCAGAAAAUGUACAAUGAACUUUUCAAGACUGACCAAGAAAAUGUAGAGAAACUGGAUAAGCUUGUGUUGGAUUUUGAUCAAGAAACAAAAGAAGAAGUGGUAACAGUACACAAAGAUAUUGUGACAAAAUUAAAACCCCAUCAGGUCAAAGGUGUGAAGUUCAUGUGGGAUACCUGCUUCGAGUCAGUUGAGCAAAUAAAAGAGAGUAAAGGAACUGGUUGCAUCUUGGCUCAUUGCAUGGGACUUGGAAAGACUUUACAGGUUGUUGCUUUGGUGCACACAGUUUUGUGUAACUCUGCUACUUCUGUGAAAACAGUUCUUAUCAUAUGUCCAUACAGCACAAUCAAGAACUGGGUGAAUGAGUUUCAUAUUUGGCUAAAGGAUCUGCCUGAUAGUGAUGAGAUAGAAGUGUAUGAACUUACCAAAUACAAGAAAAAUUAUGAGCGCAUGUACCAGUUAAAAAAGUGGCACGAAGAAGGUGGUGUAAUGGUGAUGGGGUAUGAAAUGUAUCGAAAUCUGGCUGGAAAUGAGAAGCUAAAAGCACGAAAACAGAUGAAAGAGAACUUUAACAAUAUCCUUGUUGACCCAGGUCCUGAUCUAAUAGUGUGUGAUGAAGGCCACCUGUUGAAAAAUGAGAAUUCAGCCAUUUCCAAAGCUCUACGGAAAAUCAGAACGCUACGGCGCAUUGUCUUGACGGGAACCCCAUUACAAAACAAUCUUAAUGAGUAUCACUGCAUGGUCCAGUUUGUCAAACCUAAUUUGCUUGGCAGUAAGAAAGAAUUUGAUAAUAGAUUCGUGAAUCCAAUUCGUAAUGGACAGUAUGUAGAUUCCACAUUACAUGAUGUUAAAGUUAUGAAGCGGCGUGCACAUGUCCUGCAUAAAAUGCUGGAAAGCUCUGUUCAGAGAUUUGAUUAUGGUGUUCUAACACCAUUUCUGCCACCAAAACAUGAAUAUGUCAUUUCUGUUCGUCUGUCUGAGACACAGGUAAAACUAUACCGUUAUUAUUUGGACAACUUUAGUGCAGCAAGUGAACUAAAUGAACCUACACGUGGCAAGGGUGCCAAACUCUUCGCAGAUUUUCAAGCACUUCAACGAAUAUGGACUCAUCCACGUGUAAUACGUAUGGAUGCCGACAAAAAGGAGAAAGAUGAAGAAAAGAAGCAAAUGAUGGCAUCUGAUUCUGAAGGAUCUCUGAAAGACUUCGUGGUAGAUGACUCGACAACUGACAGUGAUGAAACAUCAAAUGAUGGCAGCAAUGAAAAAGAUGACGAUAAAAAAGAUUCAAGUGAUAAUGACAUUAUUGAGAUUACUGAAAAAGAAAAUGAAGAGGAGGAACAGACGUCAUCGGAAUGGUGGGAACAGUUUGUGACUGAGGAAGAAAUGGAUGAUAUAAAAUCCAGUGGAAAAUUAAUGCUCUUGUUCUAUAUCUUGCAAGAAUGUGAGAAAAUAGGUGACAAAGUGCUUGUGUUUAGUCAGUCGCUGCUUACAUUAGACCUGAUUGAAUAUUUUCUGGCAAAAGUAGAUGAAGCUACUCAGAAAAACAGUGAUAGCAACGGAAGUCAAGAAAUUUUUACGGGCUCAUGGUCACCUGGUCUUGAUUACUUUAGGUUGGAUGGAUCAACAUCAGCUGAAAACCGAAGUAUAUGGUGCAAGAGCUUCAAUAAGGAGAGUAAUUACAGAGCUCGUUUGUUCCUGAUUUCAACAAGGGCUGGAGGCCUGGGCAUCAAUUUAGUGGCUGCAAAUCGUGUUGUUCUCUUUGAUGCCUCUUGGAAUCCGUCUCAUGAUGUGCAGAGUAUUUUCAGGAUUUACAGAUUUGGUCAGAAGAAACCUUGUUAUGUUUACCGGUUUCUGGCUCAGGGGACCAUGGAAGAAAAAAUUUAUGACAGGCAAGUGACAAAAUUGUCUCUGUCUUGUCGUGUCGUUGAUGAACAGCAAAUUGAACGGCAUUACAAUAUGGCAGAUCUUCAGGAGAUGUAUAUGUUUGACCCUGAGCAAGUGAGCAAACGUCCCACACCCUUGUUACCAAAGGACCGACUGCUGGCUGAGUUACUGAAAGAACAUGAAUACUGGGUUAUAACAUAUCACGAACAUGAUUCAUUACUACAAAACAAAGAAGAGGAGGAGUUAAAUGAGGAAGAAAGGAAAGCAGCUUGGGAAGAAUAUGAAAAUGAGAAGCAGGGGAAAGUUCCUCCACCGGCAUUUGCCUUCAUGAACCAAAACAUGGGAAUGCACCAGGGACCUGUGGGACAGCUUCAAAUACCAACUCAACUGUUACGUGAUAUGCUACGAAGAGAGAAUCCACAGUCAACAGAGAUACAGAUAAGUGAGAGGCUCAAUAUGGUGAUUUCCAACAUAUCAUCACUAAUUGCAAAUAACCAGAUGGUUGGAGGGACUGAGUAUGAGGGCUACUUCAAACUGUUGCAACAACAAUACAUUCAAGAUCAGAUGAGAAAAGAAUCUCAGAUUGUUUCUAAUGAAAGAUACAUGAAUGCUGGGCAUCCAGUUCAGCCUCUGUAUUCAAACUAUUUUGUAAAGAAAGCUGUUAACCCCAUUCAGAGGACAUAUAUGAGAAAUGAAGUAGCAGGAGCACCUUCAACUAGUAAAACACUACCAAUGAUAAAGGUUAAAGAUUUUGGGCAGAUGCGUGCCAUCAGUCCAACCAUAAUGCAAGUUGGACAACCAAAAACAUAUGGAGGUAGAAACCUGGGUCUUCAGAUGGAAAACACUGUAUCUUCACUGCCACAGCAACACACACCUAGUGAUGACAGUAUUGAAAUUAUUGAUUAGUUGUUUUAAACUAAGAUGAAUGUGUGUGCUUCUAUUUGUGUACAAAACUUUUUGUUAUAUAGUAACUAUUAUUUAUCUGAAUUUAGUUUGUACAUAAAGGUAUAAUUUUUUUUACAUGUGUUUUUAAAAAAAUAUUUAUGGAUUAAAUGUGGCUUCUAAUAUAUUGGUCAGUUAUUGUUACACUAGGUCAUGAAAUUUGACUCUGUAAUAACAAUCUCUGGCGUGAAGUAUUUGUUGUUUUUCUUGAGAAUCACAUUUGUUAUAGUGUUGUGCAAGAAUUGCUGUAUGGUUGUUUUUCUUUGGGUGAUGAGGAAAUUUGACACACUAAAACAGUCAUUGCAUUCCUAUUCCCCAUUGAAUUUACAGUGUUGGGUGUACAAAUGUAUGUUGUUUUUCUUUGGGUGAUGAGAAAAUUUGACACACUAAAACAGUCAUUGCAUUCCUAUUCCCCAUUGAAUGUACAAUAUUGGGUGUACAUAUAUAUUGGUUAUCUGAAAUACAUGAGACAAUGUGUAAUUUUGUUUGUGUGUGUAUAAAUUUAUUGGAAAUAUGAAAUACAUUAGAAAAUGUGUAAUUUUGGUUUUGUAAGUGAGAAAAUAUCUGUAGUAUUAAUAAGUUCAGUUUUAAUAAAUUAUUCACAAUGUUGUGAAUGUGUAUGUACCAUGAA